GGUGGAUUACCGCGGCGUGCAGGCUGAGAGGAGAGACCGUUUCUUCUCCGCCGUUGGUCGGUUUCCAGCAGCAGCAGGAGCGGUGGCCGUUGCCGUGAUGGCAUCUGUUGCUCCAAACAUGUCGACGGUCACAUUUAAAUCCGUGGACAACGAAACGGGGGAUCCAGUCCGAGUCCUCUGAUUAUUAUGCCCGGAGCUGCUGCGGUGAAAAGUUUAUCAGAAGUGGGGAGACGGCAAAUGUAAAGGCUGGAAAAUGGGAAAGGAGAGGAAGUCCACAUGGUGUCACAGCUGCUUGGGUCUGAGAGGCAGCGAUGGAGAAUGGAGAGAGGGGACGGAGAGAAUAAAAGGCAGAAAAAACCCGCCUUCGGGGAUGUCGGCAGCUUGCUGGGGUCUGCGUGUGCUUUCCUUUGCUUCCCUGGCAACCAGAAUUGGCAGAGCGCAGCGGCUGCGAUGCCAACAUCCUCAGCAUCCCAGUGCCCAUUCGUCGCGGCGGCUCAGAGUCCAACCUGGAUGUGGUGGACAGUGUUGGAGUUGAUGGCAUUGGUGUGGAUUUUACAAAGGGAGCGCUCGGCAUCGACAGACUGCAGCAGAAGAUCCUCAAGAGCCUUGACCCUGAUGCUCAGAUGCUUCCUGUUUGCACUGAUCGUCCUUCAGAUCUUUUACAACUUCACUGGAGUCCAGCUGUGGUGACGGAGCAGAUUAAGGUGGAGCAGGAAGCCCGGGAUCAGAACGUGGCGGAGUACUUGAAGCUGGUGAACAAUGCCGACAAACAGCAGGUAUCCCGGAUCCGUCAGGUGUUUGAGAAGAAGAACCAGAAGUCUGCACACUCCAUCACCCGGCUGCAGAAGAAGCUGGAGCAGUACCACAGACGCAUGAAGGACAGCGAGACCAAUGGCAAGCACAGCCACAAAGAUGGCAACAGCAAAGAGUCUGGGACCCACAGCAAGGAGGGCAGCCUGCGGGACAUCAGCUCCUCCGGACGACACCCAGCAGUGGACAAAGUUAAAACCAUCGGGCCCGGCGUGUCACUUUCGCCGCCAUUCUUCUUCAACAAGCCGCGGGAUAUUGCCAACCUCAUUAGGAACAAGUUCGGCAGCGCCGACAACAUUGCCCACCUGAAGAGCUCAAUGGAGACCGGGUCGGGGUUGCAUGUAGAGGGUGCAUCAAGGGGUCUGAGCGGCAGUGCCACCACCAUCGCUAAACCCACAAAGUACCACAGCGAUGAUGAGUGUUCCACGGGUACAUCGGGAUCAGCCGACUCAAACGGGAACCUGGCGGGAGGCUCGGUGACUGGGUCAGGGGGUCCAGGGAGGUCGGAAUUCAAUGGACGCUUAGUGGAGGUGCUGGACAUGGUGCGGGAGGUCAGGGAUGCUCAGACUCAGCUGGCUGAGGAAAUGGAGACUAUGAACACACAGUUCAAAAGAGACUACACCUACUUUACUCAGGUGAUGCAGGAGGAGAGAUACAGGUAUGAGCGCUUGGAGGAUCAGUUAAAUGACCUGACGGAGCUCCACCAGCACGAGACCAGUAAUCUGAAGCAGGAGCUUGCCAGCAUCGAGGAGAAGGUGGCCUACCAGGCCUACGAGAGGGCCAGGGACAUACAGGAGAACCUGGAGUCGUGUCAGACCCGUGUCUCCAAGCUGGAGCUGCAGCAGCAACAGCAGCAGCAGACGGUUCAGGUGGAAAACACUGACGCCAAGGUCCUGCUGGGCAGACUCAUCAACAUCAUGCUGGCCAUCGCCACAGUCCUCCUGGUGUGCGUCUCCACUGCGGCGAAGUUCACUGCGCCGCUGCUGCGGAGCCGCCUCCACAUGGCGUUCACCUGCUUGGGCGUGUUCCUUUUGGUGCUGCUUUGGAAGAACUGGGAACAGGUCGAGUUCACAUUGGACCGAUUAAUCCUCCCGCACUGACCCAGAACAACGAGGGAGUUUACAUGUAGCCUUACACCGCGUUAAUCCAGGCCACCGCAGAGACCCCCAAAUAAUGAGCCUUGUCUAGAAUGCACAAAACCCAAACGGAUCAGUGGAAGAGGAAAUCAUCUUGGAUUUGCUAGAUGUCAGCCUCUUGCUCCUCUGCAGGAGAUUCUGGGAUCUGAUCAACGGAUUGUGAAUGAGUCGGGCUCGUAUCAGUAAGUGGAGGCAUAUGUUGCAGCAACGCUGAUCAUCACACCACGACGUAUAGCUUUGAAGCCCUCAGAAUGCCUCCCCAUGCACCAGUCAGCUGUAAAAAACAUCCACCUGAAGCGGGAUUUCCGCAUCAUUUUUAACAUUUGGUGCAGCCACGUUUUUCCCUUGUUUAUGUCUGGGACACCGUGUUAGGUUGUGUAAUCCUUCGUCUUGUGUGCGCGUCUUUGCGGGGUUUCUUGUUUGUGUGUGAAAUAAAUGAACCUGAAAUCAGGAGACGCUCAGCGUUGCAGCUGGAAGGAGGGAAACAGCUCGCCUGGUUUCAAGCAGCCUUCAGGUUUACUGAUAAACCACCGUUUGCAGAUUCAGCAUUUCUUUCGUAGAUCCAUGAGGGAAGGGUGUGUUCACAGUGAUGACCCCAGAUCACACCUUCCACAAAGACACUAAAGCAUGACUUAUAAAAUAUCUUCAUUCUAUUGUGCAAAAAUGCUAAAACAUGUCACUUUAUAUAACUGGAAUAUGUUUUGAAACUGUAGUAGUUUGGCACAAGGAACUAUCUGGUCCAUAAAAUCAUACUUUAAGGGUUUUAUAUGCACAUUUAUGAGCACACGAGGUGGUGAUCAGCAGUUCUUUUUUGUUUUUGUUCACUUUCAGACUGAGCCUGCCUGUUUCCUACUGAUUCCAGUCUGCAACUAAGCUCUCAUCUGCUGGCCUUUAGUUUCACUUUGAACCAGCGAAGAAGAAAAUCCCAGGAAAACAAACUGUUUAUUCCCAAAAUAGCUUCUGAACUGGCUUCUGUUUUGUUAACUUAAUGUUUUUUGUGUUGUUUAAUGUGUGUAAAUGAAUGAUUUGGUUUUUAAGGUGACGCUGGCUCCUUAAAGCUACAAUUCUGGUCAGAGGUUUACACUCAUCAUGGAUACAUGAAGCAUUUCUUUCUAGCACUGAAUGGUAAUACAACAAACGGGUCAAGAGGCAAUUAUUGAGUGACGUUUUUAAACCUAAAAGCACUACUAAUUGUCAAGUAUGGUGGAGGCAGCAUCAUGCUAUGGGGUUAGUUUGCUGUAUUGCAUAAGACGUAUGGAAUGAGGAAGGAAGAGCAGAACCUCCAGAUUUUUAAACUUUACUUCACAUCAAAUUAACAGUUCAGAUGGUUGAAACUUUUACACAAUUAGGUGUUCCAACAAAUGGUCCCGAGCACACAUCAGAACUGGUUCUGGAUUGGAUCAAAUAUGGUUAAGUUUCUCACAUGGACUGGUCUGAAAAGUUACAUCUGAGCCUGAAAACCAGUUGGUUUAAACAACCUGUCCAUUCUUCCAAGAGGAGAGGGGAAAUAUCCAGAUUAUCUCUUACCUACAAAGGCCCAAACUGAUGGCAUUCAUGGCACUGGUGAGUGUAAACAUCUGACCAGAACCAGAAACGAGGAGAAACAGGCUAAAUCGUGCACACGUGUACUGUGAGAAAACCUAGUUAAGAAAAGGAGAACUGAGGCAACGGCUAAAAACUCUAAAUGUGAGCAUCGUUAACUCAUCAAAAUGCCUUUUUAUGGAGUAACCUGAACAAAUGAGCUUUUACGUGAAGCCUUUGAUGCUGUGCUGCAUUCAAGUCCAGUAGGAAAAGAAGUGCUCUGGCUGUAAAGACACAGUUCUCUUAAUCUUUUCAUCUUCAGUGACUCCUCUGAAAUGAAAUUAGACCCCAAACUUUUUCAGUUAUAAACCUUGUGAACUGUAAUAAUCUGGACAUCUAAGGUUAUUAUUUUGGUACUAGCAGCAUUUGGAUCUUGAAAAUUGCCACAAGUGGUAGUAAAAUCAUUGGUAGGGCUCUGUCUUUUCCCCCACGGGACCUGAAAGCAGCAUCAGAAACUGAAUGGAGGGAACUGAAAAAUGUAGCUCAGAUUAUCCCAAUCGUUGGUGUUGACGAAGAAGGUUAAUGGGACUGAUGCCUUUCCAAUGCAGCUUCUUUAUUCUCUUCUCUCACUCUUUUAUGUUUUAUGUCCCUUAAAAAAAAAAAAGACAAACAUGGAGAUUUCUUUACAUUCUGUCUGAAUGUUUUUUUAAAUUUGCUCAAACAGUACUCAUGUAAGAAACACACUUAGGUCAUAGGUAUAGGUUUCAUAAGAUUAUUUUUUUCACAGAAGGAAAUAAAUCUCUGUUUUUCCAUUAUGUUGUUUUAUUUUAUUCCUCACCAUCUCAUGAAUUAUAGAGAUCUCCCAGCGGGACAGGGAUGGUUCUGGGAAGAUCAAACUGCUCUGUUGGCGUCAUGGAAAAAGACAGUGAGAAUUACUAGAACUACAGCAGCUCUGCAGCACGGUUCUAUGGUAAAGACAAACUUUGGAAAAGAUCUGGAAGUAUGGUAAAUAUUUGUUUUUCAGGAUAUUAUUCCUAAUCCUGUUGUAUAAAAGUUGUAUUCAUCCAUCCAUAAAUUUGUCCAUCUAUUCAUCCA